UGAAGUAGAUGCUACCUGGGCUCAAACCAGGGACCCUCUGCACACAUCAACAGCAGCCACCCUCGAAGCAUCGUUACCAAUCGCGCCACAAAAGCCUCUGCAAGGGUAACAACUACUUCAAGGUCUCAGAGCGAGUGACGUCACUGAUUGAAACACCAUUAGCGCACACCUCCGCUAACAAGCUAGCAUUUUCACAUCGGUUACACCGGCACACCUUCAUCUCUUAGAUCUCCACCCAAAACGAAUAGCAGCAGUUUUAGGCAGUCUGAGGAGGAAGUGGCAUGAAUCACAGACAUUUAGAAAAAUAAACACUCAGUAUAAAAACAGACUUGGUUCCUGGACCCCAGUCAGUCACUGUGCUGGAUGCCACCAAGACCAGACAAGAUGGAAAUCACAGGUUUACUGCUCCUUGUGGUGGUUGCUCAGUCAUUUGCUAUGCCUCUGUCAUCACCGGAGGAGACUGACAAGUGGCUAUUAGCCGAGAAAUACCUCCGCAGGUUCUACAACCUUCGAGCUGGACUUCAGGGAACCCCGACCCACAGGUCGUCAGACGCCAUGCAGGCUAAGGUCAGGGAGAUGCAGUCCUUCUUCAACCUCCAAGUGACGGGGAGCCUGGACACUAACACCCUGGAACUGAUGAGCAUGGCCAGGUGUGGUGUCCCUGACGUGGGGGAAUACAACCACUUCCCCCGACAUCUCAAAUGGCAGAACACCAAUGUGACCUUCAGAAUAGUGAAUUAUACUCCUGAUCUGAUGAAGGCAGAUGUGGACAGAGCUAUCCAUAAUGCCUUAAACAUCUGGGCUGAUGUCACGCCUCUGACCUUCAAGAAACUGCACGAGGGGAAGGCUGACAUCAUGAUAGCAUUUGGGACAAAAGAACAUGGAGACUUCAACCCCUUUGACGGCCCUGACGGUCUCUUAGCCCAUGCCUAUCCCCCUGGCAGAGACAUUGGAGGAGACACACACUUUGAUGAAGAUGAACAUUGGUCAAUAGACUCAGAUGCCUACAACCUUUUCCUGGUCGCCACUCAUGAGUUUGGCCAUGCCCUUGGCUUGUCCCAUUCUUCUGAUCCUGGAGCUCUGAUGUACCCAAUCUACUCCUACAGCCAGGGUUAUCCACUGUCUGAGGAUGAUAUCACCGGCAUUCAAGCUCUUUAUGGCCCGAACCCCAAUGACAGCAAAGUGAAGCCCAAGCCAGAUGCCCCAAACAAAUGUGACCCCAUGUUGAGUUUUGAUGCUGUCACUGAGCUCAGAGGAGAAACAAUCAUCUUCAAAGACAGGUUCUACUGGCGUCUCCAUCCUCAGUUUGCAGAGCCUGAGCAAACCCUGAUCAAAUCCACCUGGCCCUCCCUCCCCAACAAAGUGGAUGCUGCCUAUGAGUACCCUGAGAAAGACAUGGUCUUCAUAUUCAGUGGUAUUAGAAUGUGGGCCCUGAACGGCUACAGCCUAGUGGAGGGCUACCCCAAAUACAUCCAUAAACUGGGACUCCCCAAGACCGUGCGGAGGGUGGAUGCUGCUGUGUACAUCCCAGACACCGGCAAGACCCUUCUGUUCUCUGAAGAGCAGUUCUGGAGUUAUGAUGAGAAGACUAACACAAUGGACAGUGGCUUCCCAAGAUCCAUUGAGAUGGAUUUCCCUGGAAUGGGAGAUGAGGUGGAUGCUGCCUUAUAUAAAUAUGGAUAUUUGCAUUUCUUCCAUGAACAUACACAGUUUGAAUACAGCUACAGUGCAAGGAAGGUCAUUCAGAUUGUUAGGACAAACUCCUUUCUCAACUGCUGAUCCACUGGUGGAGAACUACUGUUAUUUUAUGGGAAACGUACCAACAGGUCAUUUGUGCUGGACACCUGUGUGUUAUUGUUAUUUGUAACUCAUCUCAAAGUACGCUGGAAAACUGCAUGUAAAAUGCAUGUCUGAAGACUAAAGAAGGUGUAAUAUUUAUUGGGAAUGGGAAAACGGGUUGGCUUAUGCAUCGAACAAAUGCGGAAACCACUAUGCAGGGUCUUGCUUUAGGGUAUCAGAAAAUGUGCAUCAUAUUCACAUGACUUGUUAUAGUAUUGAAGGGUGGGAUAGAAACCACUCUGAUAUACUUUAGAAUACUGUAAUUGCAUUUCUCUCUGUAUGUAAAUGUUACUUGGGGAAGUUACAGUAAUGUGUUGCAGAUCCACCAAUAGGUGGCAUUCAAGGACACCAAAUCUAGAGUACGAGCUAAUGCUUUUUAUGGACUGUGAAUGUUUUUACUACGAAUUUUAAUGACACAUUUUCAUGAAUAAAAUAAUACGUGCAAAUGG